CCAACACAACCACAACCCCAGUCGCUUCUUUUAAGAUACCCGAGAAAUAUACCUCCGCGAACAGAUUUUCUUUCGUCCUUCAGUACGGGGUUGUUUUAUUUUCUUCCUGCUUCCACGCGACUGCACGACACAAGACGUUAAAUGAUGCUCAUCGUCUAGCCUCGAACUGUACUGCCAUACAAUACAUUUUCUCUCACACACAACCGCAUCGAGAUAAUCAGUUGAUAUGUCGGCUGAUAGAGCGCGGUCCGUAGACCGUGAAGGCCGCCUCGUGAGACAUCAACAGUCUCUCGACUCUGGCCGUAUUCAUGUUCCAAUGUGGGACAGUUCUGAUCCCGAUCGUGCACCACCUCCACUACCAUUGAAUCCAAAUCCUGCAGCUCCGGCUACUAGACCAAAUGCCUCCGCACAUAUACAGGCAGCUGCCGAGGCACUGUCAGCUAAAGCGCGCGAAAGUCUCACACCAAGUCCGUAUAUGUCGAAUCCGAUGCCAGAACGCUCAAACGAACGAUCUCCGGAUCGAUCUCUUAUCAAAGGUGCCGCCCAUCGACGACUGCAAUCUUUGCAGACACCGAGCGUGAAAGACCUCAGAAGCUACCUAGACGGCAAUCGAUCUCCCGAACGAUCGCCUGAGCGACCGCGUGCUGGCACCAUCGCACCAACGCCGAAGAAAGAACUUGAUGGCGAUUUGUUCUCUUCACCGAACCGAGCGGGAACUCCUACCCCAACUUCGCGCGAGAGCAAGGACAUUCCAGAGCGGCGAGCGUCAUCUAGACCACCACCAAAAGCUAUAUUGGGGGAAAACACACCGCCAUCUGCAACGAUGCUGGCGCUGCAAACGUAUCCUGCCAGAGACUUUUCAGAGAAUAACCAACCCAAUACUAACAAUGGCAGCUCUCCGCGGAAGAUGCUCGACGGGGAUUUUGGUUUACUUUCCACCCAAAUAACGUCUCUCACCAGUAUUUGUACAAAAAUGCAAGCCGAAAUGGACAAGUUAUCACGCCGUAGCAAGGACAAUGCCACAGAUCUGAUCUCGUUAAAGGAGGCAACGAACGCCCGAGACGAGGAUAUUCGGAAGUCUCUACGUGAGCUCACAAACACGCUAAACAGCACAAACUUUUCCGCAUCAACUUCUUCAAACAUAUUUGGACAAUCUGUUCGAGGGUCAAGUAGCACUUUCGGCUCCUCGACUCCACCGCCCUCGAAUAAGUUUACACUGCCAAGGAUUCCAAGCCCAAAUUCACUGUUCGACGAUCGCGUUGGCUCGCCAACUCCUAACCUAUAUACUGUUGAUGGCGUCGCCAGUGUUGCCAUGCUCGAGAAGAUCAUUAGAGAAAUGGUUACCAAGGAGAACCAAGAGAACCUUCUUUCCACUCUAUCUCAGCUCUUCGAUUCGGCAUCUAAGGACUCGGCAGAAAAUUCAAAGAAGUUGGAAGAGAUGUUCAAGGAGAUGAAGGCUAUUGCCGCGGCAGCAAAGGGUGAAACUAGUCGUGCUCUUGUGCCAGCCAGUCUCAACGGCAUAGCAGACUCAGCUGAUAACUCAGCAUCAACAGCCGGUCCGUUGGCCAGAACUACACGUGAUGUUCAGACCGUGCCAUCUCCUGGUGGCAACGGUGAACAAAAACCAUAUACGAGUCCAAAGGCUGCAGAUUUUGUGUCAGACGAGAUGAUCAAAUUGCUGAAAAAGAUCAAAGAGUCCGUCACGCAGUCCGGAGGUCUACUUGGCGAAGUUAAAGCUCAACAGCGGGAUCUUCGAGGCGAAGUAUUGCACAUGGGUCGCGAAAUUGCGCGCAAGAUCGACGAAUCUCGGAAGCCUGCGACAGGUGCUAAAGCCAUCGAGGACGGAUCCGGGAAGCAAGACAUAGCCCGAAUCGUCCAGGAAGGACUUGCGGAUCUCAAGGUAUAUCUCGAUGAAGCUAUGCGUGAAAAGAGACGGCAGAGCUCUGGCACUACUAUCUCCAAAUCAAGCGUCAACAGCCAAGAGGUCUAUGACAUAGUUCGACAUACGAUGUCCCAGCACGGAUUAGAUCGCAUGACGUCGGAAUCAGAGUCGACAGCAACUGCUCUGGCACCUGGUUUGGAUAAGGAUGCAAUUCUAAACGCUAUCAAAGAGGCGUAUGAGGAGUACAAACCGGAUGUCCAGAUCGAACAGUAUGGCCUUGAGCGGCAUGAGAUCCUUGAGUGCCUCAGAGAAGGCCUCGAGCAACAUCAGUCCCCUGAAGGGAGCCAAUCUCUUAGCCGUGCCGAGAUUAUGGAAGCCAUUCAGGAUGCAAUGAAGAACUUUCAACCCCCUCCCCCGAUCAACGAAGCGAGUGAACUUCGCGACGAGAUCCUGAACGCAGUUCGCGAAUGUUUAGAUGAGUUCAAGCCAAGCCUAGCGGUCGCUAAGCCUGCCUCCGUGAAUUCUCAAGAUCAAGAUAGACUUCUGGACAUGAUGCGGCAAGUAGUGCUAGAUGCAGUUAAGGCCGGGUUAUUGCAGUCAGGCGGCGUAGGCGGAUCGAGAGAGCUAGAAAUUAGCCAAGAAGACUUGUAUGCUGCAGUAUCUAAUGCGUUGAACUCGUCAGGCUCGCCCUUCGGCCGCUAUGGAGAGCAAGUUGUGGCUCAGCUACAGGAGGUGGUUCAAAAUAUGCAUGCCGAGUUCAAGGAGUACUCUACAGCCAAUGGGCGCGAUACUGAGCAGGUAUUGGAUGCCAUGAAAGACGGCCUUGAGUCCCUACGUGGAGAAAUCGAGCUCUAUGUUGACCGAGCGCAAGAUGUAACCCAGAAGGACGACAUCAUCGAAGCAAUACGGGAUGGACUCGAUCGUCUUGGUCGUGAUGUACAGGCUUGGUGCGCAGCAGGCCCUACGGGUGACAAUUCGAUCUCGAGGACCGAGAUGCUAGAAUACAUCAAGUCUGAAUUCGAACUGCUGCACCAAGAAAUUAGCGAUCGAGAACGAACAUCGGUUAUACCCUCACCGGGUGAUAAUGCAGCUGUUCUUGGCGCUAUUCACGACGGCUUCGAGAUGCUUAAGGAGAAUCUACGCUCCGUUGAGUUCAGUGAGCUCUCCAGAGGCCAAGUAGAUGAAGAAAUGCGGAAUGAAUUGGAGCAACUGCGCGACACGAUCCUUGGCGGCUCUUCUAUUCAUAAAGAUGAGAUUAUCGACACCAUCCGAGCACACUUCGAUACUAUGCAUGGCAAAAUUGACGGCGGUGCAUUCAGUGGCACCAGCGAAGAGAUGCUUCGCGAACUGAAAGAAGAACUCGAACACUUGAGAGAAACGAUUGCAACUUCACUAGCUCGACCAACGUGUGACCUCGACAAUGGUGCCAUCCGCGAGAUGCUACAGGAAAUGCGCGAACAAGUGGUCUCAGAAAAUGGCGCAGCUUCGCGAGAAAUGCUUAGCACUAUGCAGAGCGAAAUAGAGCAGUUGCGUGAGACGCUGUCUGGUGCUCUUGUGGCAGAAGGCUCGAAUGUAAACAAGGACGAGAUCAUGGAAGCACUUCGUACUACCAUGAGUAGCGUUCAAAAUCUCGCUGACCGGCAACCUUCUCAGAUCGACGAGGAGCUCCUUGGCGCUAUUAGAGGGGAAUUCGAGAUUCUCCGCUCGAACGUCGCUAAUGGUUUCUCUCGUGGCUUGCAAACUGCAGACCGUGAAGACAUUCUUGAGGCUAUGCGGCUUGGCUUUGAUGAUUUACGAUCAGAUCUGAUUAAGAAGAUUGAAAACCCCGAGCAGCAUAUGAAAGCGACAGGUGAACUUCUUGACGCAUUGAAUGAAGGACUAGAAGGGUUGAAGAGUGAAGUCCGCGGCGGGUCUAACGCCGAAGAUAAACCAAUCGAUAUGACCGUGUCCUACGAGAUUCUCGACACUUUGAAGGACGGAAUCGCAAGCUUGCGUGCAGACAUGGCUAAAUUGAAGCUACAAAAUCUGGACGAAGAAGAAAGCGACGAGCCGCCAGAGUCAUCUGACAACGCCAUAGUUCUCGCAGAGAGCGAUGUUGGUGCUCCUGUAUCUCGCGAAGUCAGCAGCCCAGCAAAAUCGCGCAAGCGUAAGGAUCUGGAGAAACUUGAGGUAAUGCUUGCCCAACUUCAAGUCAAGGUCGAUGCCAUGGACGCCAACAUUACGGAAUCCACGUUCCAGCCUCCGGCCACGGCGCCCGCAGAAGGCACUGCCAUGAAGACAGAUCUCGAAAGUAUUGAAAAUCUCAUCAAGGAGUUACAGGCUACCGUUGAUGUUCUUGCUGCGCGUGAAGAUGUUGAUAUUUCUGGUUUACCCAAGAAAGAGGAUGUAGAGGCAAUCGAAACUCUUCUCUCGAACACAAAGGCCAAGCUUGACGACAUCCAGAUGCCUGAUCUUUCCGCCACUGCCAGCAAAGAGCAACUGGAAGCUGUUGAAACUUUGAUAAAGAGUACUCGUGAGGCCAUCGACGAGCUCAAUGUCCGCGUCGAAGAUAAUAUCGCGAAGAAGGAACAGGUUGCAACAGUGGAAAGUCUUAUCCAGGACCUUAAAUCCGCUAUUGACGACAUGAAGCUCUCCAAAUCAGAAGAUAAUGGAGAUAACAAGAUCGAAAAGUCCGACAUUGAUGCAAUUGGUUUGAUUGCUCUGGAUAUCAAGGAAAAACUCGGCUCCAUGAAGGAAAUGGACGACCUUCCUUCAAAGGCAGAUAUUGAAUCACUCACUGCACUUGUCCACGAUUUCCGAGACAGCCAUGAGAAGCUCAAGGAAACUUACGAAAGCGACGUUGCCCUCACUGCCAAGGCCUUUGAUGAUCGCAGAAAUGAGAACGAAGAUAUCAUAACUGCGAUAGGUGUUGUCAAGUCCUUCUUAUCCGAUGUUAAGGAGGAACUCAAAUCUAAGCUCGAUGUUUCCGCUCUUGAAACUACGACGUUGGCAGAUAACUUUAAAAUCAUGGAGAAGACGAUAGAAAACAACUUUAAUGUUAUGGGCGACGUUAAAGAGCUGAUGGAGAUUGUCAAUCGCGAAUUUGAGCGUAUUCAUGGUACCUUUGACGACGUAAAGGUUCAGCAGGAGCAGAAAUCCACUGAGGAGAAAGAAAAACACGACGCAACCAAGGAGGCUGUUAUUUCCGAAGUUUCUGCCAAAUUGGACGAGAAGUUUGACGCCAUUAUGUCCAAAUAUGAUGAUGCACAGCAUGCAGCUGAGGCACAGGUAAAGAGCAUGGAGGAGCGCGCUGCGGAACAACAGGUCCUUCUGCAGACAACAAAAGAGGUUUCUGAGGAGCUAAAACUCAGCGUUGACACAUUGGGUACUACUCUCACUGCUAUUGAUGCUCACUUCUCAGAAAUUGGGGAUAAGGUCUCUUCAGACUCGCAGACCGUAUUCACUAAGCUCGAGACUGUUACUGAGGGCUUUCAGAAUCUGGAAACUCGAACCGCUGCAAAAGAGGACCACGAACUUACCCGUGCCGAAGUUGCUAAAGCAUUAGACGCAAUCGGAGGUAUGGCUGAGCAGAACACCGAGUUCCAACCUAAGAUCCUUGUGUCCGUACAGGAGCUACAUGCUCUUGUGGAAAAGCAUUACGAACUCUCGCAAAAGGCUCAAGAAGCAGCACAACAGCAAGCAGAGACUGCUAACGAACAGUCUAAGUCCCUCGCCGAAGAAAUAAAAACUUCAUUUUCAAGUCUACCUGCACUUCUGCCUCCGCCACAACCAGCCAUUGAGGCUGCAUCAAAUGAUGUAUAUGACGAUGCUCAGGUUCAGGAGAAGCUCAAUCAGGUGCUUGAAAGCCUUAACACUGCCAAGGACUCUUGGGGGCAGCUUGAACGUCUUGAUCAGAUCCACCAACAAGUCAUGGCUACAGCUGCUGAGGUCUCUGCUUUUGUCUCAACCCAGACUCGUCUCAUUGACGAAGGCCAUGAAAGCAAACAAAAGGAGGCGGAAGAAAUGGCACUAUUACUCGAGCGCCGUACUGCUGAAAAGGAACAUCUCGAAAGCACAAUCGAAGAUCUAAAGGACGAGAAAGAGAGCCUCCUUGCUCUAAUUGAGUCUCUGCAAUCCGAGCGCGACUCUUUGGCCAUCCAGAAGUCUCGUUUGGCCGCAGAUGUUGCAGCCAUGCAGACCGCACUAUCCAUUCGUCAGGAGGAGUUGGAUGCAAUGGAUGCCAAGGCUGAAGCACUUGAACGAAGGGUCCUUGAAGGCAUCAUGAAUCAGUCCAGGUUGUUAAUGAUGGCUAAGGGUACGAGCAAGCCUGGUACAGGUGAAGCCCGAAUUGCAAGCAAUGCAUCGCACAGCACGAUCGGACAGCUUUCUUCUCUUAGCGCCGCUGGAAAGGGACUCAGUAUGGCCCUUCAAAAGCGCCCUGUUGCAGGUCGUCGCAAUGCAGCUUCGAACAAUCCAACAGCUCGUCGAGUCAUGUCAUUGAACCCAAUCUCGCAUAAUACCCCGACUGGCGCUCAGGGGUAUUUGGCUGCUACCCGCAACGUAGAAAACAGUGUUUUGAAGCGCAGUCAAAGCGUAAGGACCAAUAAAUAUCGCAAAGUGUCGUGGAACUCAGCUCCCGACAAGCAGCACACCUCGUCCAUACAUGAGAUGGCUGAAGAUAAAGAGAACAAUGUUAUCAGUGAAGCCAACAGUGAGGACGAGCAGCUUGACGAUAACGAUGACAGCGACACUGUAAGCGACUCUGGAACGGAACGUCGUUCGAGCCAUAUUGCCGAGACUGAAGGGCAGCCUACUUCUUCGUAUGCAGGUAGCGUAUCCGAAGAUUCAGAGAGACCGACUAGUAGAGGUACAAUGACAGGAACUGAGUUUAGCGGCAGUUACGUGACUGAGUCGGAGGUUUCCAAUCGCCGAACAUCAUACGCUAGCACUCUCCGUUCUACGUUAGGAGCCGAUACCGUGAUUGACGAGGAAGACGAGGAGUCAGACAGCGAGCGUGAGCAUGAUUUAGAUGAGGAUAGGGUCAGUGCUUCUGAAGAGAGCGAGGCGGAGAUGGAACAUGAGCAUAGCGAUCAUGUUACAAGGAAGGAAAUGGUUGUAUAUGCCGCACCGAGCGAUAGUGGAUUAGGGACUGACUUGCCCACGGCUAUGAUGAGUGGUAGUGAGACUGAUUAUUUCCGUAGAAAGGCCGAGGAGGAUUAAUAGUUGUGGUGAGCGUUGAUGUUUCUCACGUUUGAUGAGGCGUUCGUUGGAAAAUAAGGUUCUGCGAGGUUUUGGAGGCUUUGGGGUGUAUUCUUUUCAAAGGUUGCAAUUCUAUCAAAUCACAUCAGCUGCAUAUCUGCUAAUCCAAUCGUCGAUACAAACAAUACUUUGCACUUCGAUUGAUCUCCUUGGUUGUCAC